CUUCCUCUCCAUGCUCUGGAGCAACGUGAACCGGCCUAUGAUUUCUGCUUCCAGCACGCCGACGCACGUUUUCCGUACGAUAUAGCCUAUCUGGGUUCCACGACCGUCCGCGAAGUUGCAGACGCAGGGACACGGACCGCCAGAUCUCGGCUCUCGAUCGUGGUACCGGAUCGCUACCUGGCGUAAUCUGUGUCUGCUCCCGUGUUUGCUCUGCCGUGUCGGUCUAGCUAUCUAUCUAUGGACCUGGUUCGGGCACCGGCGUGGGCGGUCUAUCGCUGAAACUAUAUAAGUGGUAAUGGGAUAGGGUAGUAGAAUAUGACUAACUGGAUCCCUAUCGCCAUGCGUCGUCCAUCGCUUUGUCGGUAGCUAUCGUCUAGCCUGCGUUGUAUAACUCUUAGGUGCCUAACCUUAGGUACAUUGCCUAUAUCGACACGUCUUCGCAUAUCAAAAUAGUAAACGACAACACUUACCAUGACGGCCAUCACAAAAACAACACGCGGCCCCGACGGCACACAAUCAACUCUAACAUACCGUCUUCCUCCCCAGACAACCCCCUUUGCCCCCUCCCAAAGCCAGGCCAUGCCAUCCUCGUGCUCCUUUUCCGUCUACUGCCGUAGCCUGUCGUACUACGUAUACUCGAUGAACACAGCCGCGCACGACGCCCACCCCCUCGAGGGACAACACUGCCUCGCGGUGCAGGACCUCACGUCCGAGCCCCGCGUCGGCUACAACGCCGAGUGCUGGCCGGAGAACUACUUCGCGCUGUUCGACAACGAGUGGGGCGAGCUCAACGGCGCGCCGAGGAGCGGCAACGAAGGGAGCGCUUCGACGGCCGCGUUUCCCGGGGAUAAGUGUCUGGCGGGGUGGACGGUGGCGUGCACGACGACCAUCACGGCUGGGGGCGGCGACAUAGACGAUAACCACCGCAUAAACAAAAACGCCGUCCAUAACAACGGGUCUGACAACGGGAACGGGAACGCAGGCAACGAAAGAGCGCCCGAGCUCUACCCCCAAGCAUGGUGCUGUCCCCCGGGCCAAUGGACCUGCGCCACCGCCACCGCCCCAGGCGACAGACAGGCUCCCCAGCGGCUGUGCCAGAGCUAUCUGACCGGGUCGACGAGCACCGACAUCUGGAUGUACUGGGAUCCGGAAUUCGACACCGAGGUCCCCGACGGCUCGACCUCGAGCCUCCUCGAGGCGUAUACCUGGACCGCCGACGUCCCCGGGGAGCCGGACCCGGCGCACGCGGCGACGGUGUUUCGGAAGGUGUUUCCGCUGGUGCUGAGUAGUAGUAGCGCCGGGGCCGGGACCUCGGAGGAAGAAUCAGCGGCAGCGGUAGUAGUAGUUACGGUGACGGAUAUCGUUACGCUAGAGCCGACCCCUGGCAUGCCGUCGGCAGCAGCAGCAGCAGCGCGGGAUAAGAGAAUAAUAGAACCGGUCACGGGGCUGCUACUACCGCCUGGAGGCCACAUGCUGACGUCGAGGUGUCUAGCUGCCGUUCUGCUGGGGGCUGCUUUCGCGACGGCGGUCAUGUCGUUUUUCGGAUUUGCGCUGCUGUAUCGCGAGAAGAGGAGGCGGGAGCGGAGGUAUCGCAAGGGUUCUUCUUCUGUUUUCGCCACUGCUGACGACAAUGCCGUUUCUACCUGACGUAAGGCGUCUAUUAAGG